AUGUGUCUGACGGCGCUAAGCGUCGCCGCGAACUACCAGCCACCGCCGCUUGACGAUGUGAUCGCGGCCGACGCCUGCGGCAACGCCACGGCGGGCUACCUACCGUCGCUUCAAGUCGGGAGCUUUGCGCGCAGUGCGUAUUUUGAUUGCUUUCGACGCCACGACCAAGUCUUUGCGUUCGUGUCGGCCAUGCUAACGCGCGUGCCCGGCCUCACGACGACCAAUUUUACCAUCGGUCAAACGCUGCAAGGACGGGCCAUGCCAGCCUAUACGUUUUCGCUGUCGCCGUCGCCGCCCAAGAAGCUCGUGUACAUCCAAGCGCUGCAGCACGCUCGCGAGUGGGUCGCAACCACGUCGACGGUUUACGCUCUCGCGCGCGUGCUCGACGACGUCCUCCUCAAGGUGUACGAGUGGUGCAUCGUGCCCAUUGUCAACGUCGAUGGCUACGUGGCCACGUGGAACGGCGAUCGAUACCACCGCAAGAACAUGCGACCGUUCAACGAGCCCAACGCCUCGUCGCUCGCGUUUGGCGUCGACCUCAACCGCAACUUUGGCCCCAGUACGUCGUUCAGGGCCGAGGCAGACGAGACCACAGAGGUGUACCCUGGCACCGCGCCGUAUAGCGAGCCAGAGACACUGGCUAUUCACACGUGGCUGCAAGCGCGCGAGCCACAGAGCAUCGUUGGCGCCUUGGACGUGCACACGUACGGCGGCUGGGUCCUCUCUCCGUUUGGGCACCAGGACGACGAGCCGUCACCGCCGUUUGGCAACGCGCUCGCGACGCUUGCCAACGUGACGCGCCGCGCCAUGGGGCCAACGUAUCUGAACCAGCGCUCGGUGCAGCUGUACCCGGUCUACGGCGGGUUUGGCGACUACAUGUACCUUCUCUACGGCGCGCCGGCGCUCAUUAUCGAAAUGGACGGCCACGACUUUCGCGCGCCAUCGUCUGUGAUCCGGCCGCGCGGCGACGAGCUCUACCGAGGUGUGAUCACGUACCGCUGCUUGUCGCCGGCCGCCGACGGCGACAGCAAGCGCUGCAAGCGCGAGGCCUUGUCCAAGCUCACGGACAAGUUCACGCUCCAUCGUGGACGGCUGCACAAGCUCGUCGUGCCGGUCGACACGUCCAAGUGCAACAAGGAGAACGUGCCACCGAAGGUUGCGACGGACCAGCCGCUGGACGUCGACGCUGCGCCGUGGGCGCCCAAGGCCAAGCAGCACUUCCGCGUCGUAACGACCGACGAUCGCAACUACUACGUCGCCGCCUUGUACACGCUCACCAACAACCUCGGCCUCGGCCACGAAACCGUGCACAUGGCCAUCGACCUCCUCGACCGCUUCCUCCACGUGCAGCCGAUCACGAUCCAGUGGCUCGAGGUCGUCAGCAUUGCGUGCAUCUGGAUCGCGUGCAAGUUCAACGAGACGCAGGCCGCGCUCGAGAGCCUCCGCGUCAAGCAGAUUCUGCAGCAGCGCCACCGGCGCGGCAACUGGAGCUGGCACCACGUGCUCGUGAUCGAGUGCCAGAUUCUCAAGCGCCUCGGCUUCCGCAUCUUGCACCCGACGAUGCUCUCGCGCUUCCAGAAGCUGCCAGCGAUGGCCGACAUGACGCCGACCCAGCUCGCGGACGCGCACUACUUUAUCGACCUCACGCUCAUGGACGCAAGCUUCCAGUCGUUUGCGCCCAGCGACGUGCUGGAAGCCGUCGUCUUUCUCACGACCGAAUUCCAACCCCGCCAAAACUUUGAUUUCGAAGGCUUGGAGCCGCGGCUGCGCGAGCCGCUCACAUGCUUCUUCAUGCAGCACCUCCACAUCCAGCAAGCGCUCGCGGACGGCGAGAAGCUGCACAAGUCGCUGCACUGCAAGCACGGCGCGGGCAUGUCGGCCACGUGGCGACUCACGACGUCGACCGCGCCGUGUGCGUGCCGUAUCUGCACCAUGGCCCCUGUCGCGUAA